GCCAGUCAGACCCGUCACAGCACUCGCACGAGUCCUCGGAAACCUCGAGAAAAGCCAAUACUAAGGAGACUUCCCGCUCUUGGAGCCGAUCCAGAGUCGAACCGUUUUGGCAAACAGGGACCGUUUCACCAUUUCACCCAGCUACCACGUGAACGGUACCAAACAGGAUCGCGCGGGAAAGGAACCAUCAAAAUUCGAUGACACACGAAGCUAAGAAACCGUUCGUGUUUAUGGACGAUACAGUGAAGAAAGUAUAGUGCCACACGUGCGAUCAUUAUUGAACAGUGUUUUGGCCAGUGAUCUUUGAUUAAUGACUCAAGUGACAGGUGUGACCUCGUGUUAUCGUGCAAAUAUGAUGACAGAAGGUUAAGAACCUCCUAAAUCAGACCACAUUAGUCAACAAUCGAGACAGACAAUUGAAUUGCACGAAACAGUAUUUAGAAUAUCGAAAAAUGAGCGUAGCACUAGUGACGAUGGAUUCUGCAUACGGUCUUCGAUUGGGGAUUGGCAGCCACCAUCACCACCACCACCAUCAUCAUCACCGAGUGCGUUCUCCGGAGAGUCACGUGGUGCCCCGUCAAGAACAACCCCAAGAUCGUAAGGAGGACAUCGAGACACCGUUGAGAUUCAGUGUCGUGAAUAUUCUGAGGCCAGAUUUUGGCAGGGAGGCGAUUCUCAGUACGAAAGCCCCGAAACAAACGAGCUUGGUGACCGGACACUCAACGACGAUCCCAGUUCCGAUUCCACGACACAGUCCUCUCUCACUUCCGCGGGAUUUAAGUCUAUCCUCGAAUAGAUUAUCUCCGACGAGACCUCAACCGAGUUUCUCGGUGCACAGAGAAAGAGAACUGUUUUCCACUCAUUGCGGACUGACAUCGCCGCUUCAGAGGAACAGUGGCCUGAGCAGAAGCGGAAGCCUCGAGAGUCUAGCCAGCAAUAGGAGCUCCGUAACCGGAAGCUCCGUUACUGGAGCUCCUUCUUUGGGCUCCGCGUCCUCCACCAUCGGCACUGACUCCUUGAGCGGGGACAGCAACUCCGGAAGUGCAAGCAAUUCCACUACGAACCAAUCUGCGAUCAACGGACAGAGCCCUUGGCCGGCCUGGGUUUAUUGCACCAGAUACUCGGACAGACCGUCUUCCGGUCCCCGCACGAGGAGAGUGAAACGCUCGCAGAGCGGAAGCAAGAGUGGCACACCGGAAGAGAAGAGACCUCGAACCGCGUUCAGCGCCGAGCAACUGGCGCGACUCAAGAGGGAAUUCGCGGAAAAUCGAUACCUCACAGAGAGAAGAAGACAACAGCUGUCCAGAGACUUGGGUCUGAACGAGGCACAGAUCAAGAUCUGGUUCCAGAACAAACGAGCGAAAAUCAAGAAGGCCAGCGGACAGAAAAAUCCGCUCGCUCUUCAGCUAAUGGCAGAGGGUCUGUACAAUCACUCGACGGUACCGGUGGACGAGGACGGAGAGGAAGUUGAUACCGGAAAUCCUUCGCACUAACCAUGAAAGACAAACGAGUAUUGAGACAUUUCAGGUUACCUUGAAAUCAACAUCGUUUCAUCGACUUUAAUUAGCGCUCGAAGAAACCCGUAAUUGCUAGAUAGCAAAGCUGUUAUUGGAAAAGAUUAAAAUAUCGUCAAGGUAACUUGAAAUUUCCUUUGUCUUUCCGUUGUUUGAUGUCGCGAUCUCAGCGAUCAGGAGUGAUCAACAGAAAUUACUUGCUCUCGAAGCAAUUUGAAACGCUGUACGACAAUAUUCAUCGUUCGCGAACGCUCUAAUUGCGUUCAGCGAUUACCAAAUAAUUUUCUACCUAGUUUAGAUCCUAAAUCGUAACCGGCUAGAUAGAAAAGUUGUACGAUCGUACGCGAAUCGCAGACUGAUCCUUUAUGUAUUUAUCGAUUAUGUAUAUCUACGUAGAUCGAACUGUGGUAGCCGAGCUGGGUACGAUUCUUAUCGAUUUAGACGCUUAAAUUAAUUUAUUUCCUCUGUACAUAAUUGUAAAUACGACUGGUCGUAAAUGUGUAUAUGUAUGAUACGAGAUAAAGUUUAAUCGCCGCGCGAAGAUUCUAUUAUUUGUGUAGGUAGGAGUGCGCACCGUCGCGUGUGAAUACGAAACGAUCUCACACUGUAUAUUCCUAAUUAUUGUACGAGUAUUAUACGUACAUGUAUAUUACGUAGACAGACUUGGACAGCAUGCCGUAUAUACCAGUGUCUCACAAUAUGUGGUCGAUAUAAUCUAUGUAACCUGC